UGGUGGACGUGGGACGCUGCAGUGGGUCUUUCUCUUCCGAGGACGCUCAGGUGGGCGUUGAGGGCCAGGACUCCCCUCGGCUGGGGGCCGUCGGGAGCAUUCCCUGCCUGAGCGGAGCGAGGAGAGGCUGGAUCCCAGGUCCUGGUGACAUCACGGGGCUAUUGCUGGCACAGAGCUGGAGAAGCUGGGGCUUGGUGACAGUGUGGACCUGCAUGUGUAUGAGAUUCCAGUCGAAUAUAAGACGGUCCAGAGGCUCAUUCCUGCCCUGUGGGAGAAGCACAGCCCACAGCUGGUGGUGCAUGUGGGGGUGUCGGGCAUGGCGACCACGGUCACACUGGAAAAGUGCGGGCAUAACAAGGGCUACAAGGGCCUGGAUAACUGCCGCUUCUGCCCCGGCUCCCAGUGCUGUGUGGAGGACGGACCUGAAAGCAUUGACUCCAUCAUCGACAUGGACGCUGUAUGUAAGAGGGUCACUACGCUGGGUCUGGAUGUGUCAGUGACCAUCUCACAAGAUGCUGGCAGGUACCUCUGCGACUUCACAUACUAUACCUCUCUGUACCAGAGCCAUGGCCGCUCAGCCUUUGUUCACGUGCCCCCGCUGGGCAAGCCGUACAACGCAGACCAGCUGGGCAGGGCGCUGCAGGCUAUCAUCGAGGAAAUGCUGGACGUCCUAGAGCAGUCAGAAGGCAAAAUCAACUGCUGCCACAAACACUGAGAGCUGUUCAGGCCUCCCAAGACCUCAUCCGACAAGGAAUCCAGGGAGGGACAUCCACCGCCAGGGCGUGGCCAGGAAGGACAAGCCCAUCGGCUGGGGGUCUGGUUUGGAUCAUUUAUUCCAGCUAUACUCCUUCUCGUCCUUUUUCUCGGCAAAAGCGCUGUCCAUUUGAAGGACACAGCUGAAGAUUUUUUAAAAUCUAGUCCCUUUGCAUCUGGGGACACAGCUGCAAUGGCUGGGAAGCCAGUGGGCUGUAAUUUCUGUAGAGAAUCCUAAUUGGGUGGAUUCUGCUCUGCGAUCCCAUGGCGGGGGCCACCUGUUCACCUGCUUUUCUAAGUCUGGUGCAAGGAUUCAGAGCUCCCUCCACCCAUAACUGCUUUUUUCCCAAACCGGAAAGCCUCUUGAAGAGUUUUUGCCCUGUUCCAUGUGCCAACACCCUGGACAGCCCAGGAGUGGGCUGCCUUCGCAUGUGGUAUGGGCUCUUUCCUUUCUUAUUCUCCUUUUAAAAACAGUAGUGCUAGUUUGGGCACAGAGUAAUUUAUAUUCCUUUGGUUAAAAUGCAGGCGUUAGCCAACAACAAAAGUGUCUUUUCUCUUUCCUGGGGUGCGGCCCCUUCUGCCUCCUGUCCCAUAAGCUGGAUGUACGUCUUGGAUCAGGAGCUGACGCGGAGUUGCCCUUCCUUGGGGCGGUCGGCAAGGCCGAGGGCCCGGCUGGGAGGGCCCAGGGAGGGCUGCUGCCCCCGGUGGUUGGAAUGGUUGUCUGAUAACUUUCAACUCCAGAGCUCUGAGCCGUACCGCAGGGCCUCCAGAGCAGGACCACUGGGGGAAGAGCAGACCUUGUCGUUUUAACACGCACAUGACUUAUUUUUUAAUAUGUAAAAAUCUGUAGCAGCUGCAAAGCUUCCUCACAUCUGGCCAGGGUUUUUGAAUUCUUGGUGCCGGGGCCCAGCUUCUUGUUUUCCUUAAGUAGGGGGGCCAAAAUAAGGCGUGGGGGUGGAGUUUGCCGAGCUCCACGCACGCAGCAGGUUUGAGCGGGGAUGUGGCAGGGAAACCAGUGGCCUUUUGUGUAGCCGCCAUUUGGAGACAGGCCCCGGACUCAGGAGUGCAUUUUUAUCUCACUUCCUGGCAACACUGAACUUCCCAUCCAGGGAUGAGAGUGAUAUCGCUCAGCAGGCGACUCAGCUGGACCUCAACAUCCAUCAGAAGGAGAGAAAGUGACCUCAGCCACGAAGCCACCUGAGGAAGGACACACAUUUUGGAGUGCUUUUAUUUUUUGGAGAAUGCGUGGUUUUACCGUUUCCCUGCGUAUGAAGCAUACUGGGAUCCAGUGCCUCUUGUCCCUUCCUGUUCCAGUGACUGGGAUGGUUCCUGCCUCUGCUGAGCUGCUCUGUCACUUGGGAAUCAGGCCAGUGGGUUUCUGAGUCAAACACAUUUUCUGAGUCCUGGGUUUUCUCUGGAAGGAGAAAAUGGACACAGAUGGUGGCUUGGGGUCAGUGGUUGGCAGUGGUUGUGGACUAUUGCCAGGAGGUUGAAGUCACUGGGAUUCUGCUCACCUGCCAUGCUAGCCCUCCCUAUGCUGGAAAUACCCCUUCUGCAUCUGCAGUCUCCUGCGAAAUCUGAGUGUGCAAUGUCAUUGUAUCCUCUUGUUCAGCUGGCUUCUUUGAGCAGAAGUUGUGAUUCUUUUGAACAUGGGGACCUGAAGACCCAGGGGUCCCUCAGAGGUCUUAUUCAGAGCAAGAGAUGAGGCUGCAUCUCACUCUCCUCCCCAAAGUUCUGAUGUGCAGGGCUCUGAGGAGGAACUGCACGUAAGCAAGAAGGAGAGGGACAUAGGGGAGUGGGGUGCCAGAGGUGAGUCAGGCCUGAGCUAAGCUGAGCACCUGCAGGAACCCAGACACGCCAUCCCCAAACCCUGCAGUUUCAUCUCUCUUUUGUCUUCAUUCCACCUUUCUGUUUGAAGCACCAUGUGGUUCGGCUGCUUAGAGAUUAAUUAUUGUCUGAGCAUUGUUGAGUGUGCGUGUGUCAUUUUUUUGUUCCUGUAAUGGUUUUAGAUUUUCUCAUCCAAUCAAACCAGAAUCCUGUCCUUGUCCAUGAUGUAGAGCAUUUAGCUCGUUUUUAUUUAAUCAGCCAUUAAACAUUUCAUCCACUC